AUGCCUUUCUGGAGACUUUUUGUUCGCAUGUAUCAAUAUUUGAAGAGAAAGUUUACUUCGAGUGAGCCCAGUCUGUUGUCCUCCAAAUGCCUCGCGCAACCCAACAUCGCAAGAAGAUGGAAGGAGCCCGUCUCAGCCGCCCAUACAGACUUGAUAUGCCUUCUUCUCUUUUUCCUCACGGGAUUAUGCGACAGUAGCGCUUAUAAUGAGUGGUCUUGUUUUCUCGGAAUGCAAACCGGAAAUACCAUUUUUCUGGGGCUAGGAACCUCCCACCAGCCCGAGACCAGGCCAUGGGGAUGGCUCAAAUCAAUCGUUUCAAUGCUCUCAUUCUUUUUGGGAGCAGUGGCCUUCUCAAUCGGAAUGCGCGGCGCCGGCGCCCUUCGGCGCAGCACUCUAUUUCUUUCUUUCUUCGUUCAGACGCUGUUGAUUCUGAUCGCAGUCAGCCUGAUCGAGACUGAUAUCACUCCUCUUGCCUUCACCAAUUUCGACGAGGACGGAGUCCGGGACGGGGAACCACCUUUCCUCGAGCUAGUUCCAAUCAGCAUUCUUGCCUUCCAGUCAGCGGGGGGAAUGGCGUUCAGCCGUGCGCUGGGGUAUAGCGAGAUGCCGACGGUUGUCUUGACGACUGUCUACUUCGAUAUUGCGUCUGAUCCAAGGCUCACAGAUUGCACAACUGCGAACCCAAAGCGAAACCGCCGCCUCGGCGGUGUUGUUGCCCUCCUCAUCGGGGCUAUUUCCGGUGGCUGGUUGAGCAGGAGUGAUGGCGGUAUGGAGUUAUCGUUUUGGACAGCUGCCGGCUUGAAAGGUGUUGUUGCAUUUGCCUGGCUGUUCUGGAAGGCGGCGCCAAUAAGUUGA